AUGGUUCGAGCCCAACAGCAUGUGGUUCUUGAUAACCCAAAAACCAAGAACCCCAACAGGGUUACCCGUUUAGCAGAAUCCCUUUCACACGUCCUUCACCUUCACAUUGAUCCCCCUUCACGCGCCUUCAACUUGGACUUGUUAAAUGAUCAUGAAGAGAAGCAUUCAACCCCAACCAUGUCUCCAAGAGAAAACAUAUCAGAAAAAUGGAACGAAAUUCAAGAAUGUUCCGAUUGGGAGAACCUUCUAGACCCUCUUCACCCGUGGUUGCGUAGAGAAAUUGUCAAGUACGGAGAAUUUGCACAAGCAACCUACGAUGCCUUUGACUAUGAUUCUUUCUCGGAGUAUUGUGGGAGUUGUCGUUACAACCGAAACAAGCUAUUCGAGAAAUUGGGGCUUAUUAGAAACGGUUACACCGUGACUAGGUACAUAUAUGCCAUGUCACACAUAGAGCUACCACGUUGGCUCGAGAGGUCACAUGUUGCUGACACGUGGAGCAAAGAUUCGAAUUGGAUGGGAUUUGUGGCUGUUAGUGACGAUGAAGAGACACGUAGGAUUGGGAGGAGGGACAUUGUGGUGGCGUGGCGUGGCACUGUGGCACCAUGUGAGUGGUACGAGGAUUUUCAAAGGAAGUUGGACCCAAUUGGUCACGGGGAUGCAAAAGUUGAACAUGGGUUUCUAAGCAUUUACACCUCCAAGAGUGACAACACAAGGUACAACAAGUCAAGUGCCUCAAAUCAAGUCAUGAAGGAAGUGACAAAAUUGGUGAAUUUUUAUAAGGAAAAAGGUGAGCAAGUUAGCCUUACAAUCACAGGGCAUAGCCUAGGAGGUGCUUUGGCAUUGCUAAAUGCUUACGAAGCAAAAGCUACAAUUCCAGACCUUCCAAUAAAUGUGAUUUCUUUUGGGGCACCAAGAGUUGGGAACAUUGCCUUCAAAGAUGAAUUGCAUAAAAUGGGGGUGAAAACGCUACGUGUUGUGGUGAAACAAGAUUGGGUGCCAAAAAUGCCAGGGCUUGUGUUCAAUGAGAGCUUCAAAGUGUUUGAUGAAAUUACAGGGUUGGAAUGGGUUUAUACGCAUGUUGGGGAUGAGUUAAAGCUUGAUGUUCGUUCAUCUCCUUAUCUUAAAGGUGGGAUGAACUUGCCAGGGUUUCAUAGCUUGGAGACAUACCUUCAUCUUAUAGAUGGGUACUUACACUCUGAGACACCGUUCAGGUCAGAAGCUAGGAGGGAUAUUGCACUAGUUAACAAGUCAUGUGCUAUGUUAGCUGAUGAACUCAGAAUCCCACAUUGUUGGUACCAAUUGGCCAACAAAGGAUUGGUUUGUAAUGCUCAUGGAAGAUGGGUUAAGCCCAAAAGAGACCCUGAUGAUAUACCUUCACAUACUAGCGAAGUAUGUCACAAUGAUCUUGCAGCUGAAAUGCAGACAUAUAUGAUGAGUUUGGUCUCUCCUUAA